CACUGCAUUUAUUCGUCCUUCCAUUUGGAACAAAACCCUAAGGGUUCUGCUGGGAACCAUUAGCCGCCGGAUUGAUCUCAUCCCCCCCCAAGUGCACUCCUUUCUCCAUGAUCACGCUGGAACGCUCCUCAGCUCAACGCUGUUUUCUCUGAUUUUUCUCGCAUCAGUUCUCUUGUGCUUCCGUUUCAUGUGGGAUUUUUGAUGUCACGUGAAAACAUGUUGCGCAAAAUUUUUUUUCUCUGGUAAAUUUAUGGAAUCGGUUCGGGUAGUUGGUUGCUUGAUGUUCGGCUGUGGUCUCAUCGCUGAUUGUAUAGUUUGAGAGUAGUGAAAAUUUUGGGUUUUGAUUAGGUUAGAAGCGAGAAUUAUGCGGGUGUAAAUAUAGGGUUUUUUGUUUAAAGUUUUCAUUUUGUGAUUGUCUUAGGGUUUGGUUUUUGAAAGUGGGUAUUGGUCAGUUCGUGUUGUCGUUGAGAGGGUGAUGAUCAAUUUGGGGCUAAGAGAAUGUUGAGUGAAUUGGGAAGGAGACCGAUGCUUGGAGGUAACGAGGGGUCAUUUGGGGAUGAGUUGGAGAUGGAGAUAGGGUUGUUGCUCCGCGAGCAGCGUAGUCGGCAAGAGGCUGAUGAUCUCGAGCUUGAGCUUAAUUUGUAUAGAAGUGGAUCUGCUCCUCCGACUGUGGAGGGUUCAUUGAGUGCAGUUGGUGGGUUGUUUGGUGGUUCUACUGCUGCUGGUGGCAGUGGAGGUGGUAGCACCUUUUCAGAGUUUUCUGGGAGUAAGAACGGAAAUGGAUUUUCGUCCGAGGAGGAGCUUAGGUCUGACCCAGCUUAUCUUUCAUACUAUUACUCGAAUGUGAAUCUGAAUCCGAGGCUUCCACCUCCUUUGCUUUCGAAGGAGGAUUGGAGAUUUGCACAAAGGUUGAAAGGGGGGAGUUCGGUCCUGGGUGGGAUUGGAGACAGGAGGAAAGGGAAUAGAGUCGAUGAUGGUGGCAGUAGUUCGUUGUUUUCUAUGCCCCCGGGGUUUAAUGCGAGGAAACUCGAAACUGAGCUUGAGUCAGACAAAGGACAUGGCUCUGCAGAGUGGGGUGGUGAUGGUCUGAUUGGUUUGCCGGGUUUAGGACUUGGGAGCAAACAGAAGAGCCUAGCUGAAAUCUUUCAGGAUGACUUGGGGCGUCCAACUCCUGUCACUGGAAUUCCAUCGCGUCCAGUCAGCCGCAAUGCUUUUGAUGAAAAUGUUGAAGCAGCAGGAUCCGCUGAAGCAGAGCUAGCUCAUUUGCGCCAUGAAUUGAAAACGUCUGAUGCUUUACGAUCUGGUGCAAAUGGUCAGGGCUCAUCUGCUGUCCACAAUGUCACACCUUCUUCAUAUACAUAUGCUGCUGCUCUUGGUGCUUCCUUGUCAAGAAGCACAACUCCAGAUCCUCAACUUGUUGCUAGGGCUCCUAGCCCUUGCAUCACUCCUAUUGGAGGAGGCAGAGCUAACACAUCUGAAAAGAGAGGCAUUACUAGUCCAAAUUCAUUUAAUGGCAUUUCAUCUGGCUUUAACGAGUCUACAGAUCUGGUGGCUGCUUUGUCCGGCAUGAACUUGUCAGCUAAUGGUGUUUUGGAUGAUGAAAACCAUUUGCCAUCACAGAUUGAACAGGAUGUAGACAAACAGACAAACUAUCUAUUUGGUCUACAAGGUAGUCAGAAUCAUAUCAAGCAACAAGCAUACCUUAAAAAGUCAGAAUCUGGGCAUUUACAUAUGCCUUCUGCUCCUCAUUCAGCAAAAGUGUCGUACUCUGAUUCGGUUAAGAGCAAUGGGGCUGGGUCAGACCUGCACAACUCACCCUCGGAUAGGCAAGUGGAACUGCAAAAAUCUGGUCUUUCUUCUGGUAAUUCCUACUUAAAAGGAUCUCCUAAUGGUGGAGGUGGAUUAGCUGCUCAGUAUCAGCAUGUAGAUGGCACGAAUUCGUCAUUUACUAACUAUGGUUUAACCGGUUACAACAUAAAUCCAGCUUUGGCAUCCAUGAUGGCCAGCCAAAUUGGAACUGGUAAUCUGCCACCGUUGUAUGAAAAUAUUGCUGCAGCAUCUGCUAUGGCAGCCCCUGGGAUGGACUCGAGAGUUCUUGCAGGAGGUUUGCCUUCUGGAGCUGCUGCAUCUGAAACACAUAAUCUGGGUAGAAUGGGCAACCAAAUGGCAGGGAACGGCGUUCAGGCAUCAUUUGUUGAUCCGAUGUAUCUUCAGUACUUGAGGACAUCCGAGUAUGCAGCACAGCUUGCUGCUCUCAAUGACCCUUCUUUGGAUAGGAACUACCUAGGUAACUCAUACAUUAAUUUACUGGAGCUCCGGAAAGCUUAUCUUGGGACUCUUCUAUCCCCUCAGAAAUCUCAGUACAGUGUUCCAUUGAGCAGUAAAUCUGUUGGUUCUAAUCAUCAUGGUUAUUAUGGAAAUCCUGCAUUUGGUGUUGGUAUGUCUUAUCCUGGAAGUCCAGUGGCAGGUUCUGUUAUCCCCAACUCUCCAGUUGGACCUGGUAGCCCUAUGAGGCACAGUGAGCUGAACAUGCGUUUUCAUUCUGGCAUGAGAAACUUAGCAGGGGGUGUCAUGGGACCUUGGCAACUGGAUGCUGGAUAUCACAUGGACGAAAGCUUAGCUUCCUCCCUACUAGAAGAGUUUAAGAGCAAUAAAACUAAGUGUUUUGAGCUUUCUGAAAUUGCUGGUUAUGUCGUUGAAUUUAGUGCGGAUCAGUAUGGGAGCCGAUUUAUUCAACAGAAACUUGAAACAGCAAUGAUAGAAGAGAAAAACAUGGUUUACCAGGAAAUUAUGCCCCAAGCUCUUGCUUUAAUGACCGAUGUGUUUGGCAAUUAUGUUGUUCAGAAGUUUUUUGAGCAUGGACUUCCAUCCCAGAGGAGGGAAUUGGCUAACAAGCUUCUUGGCAACGUGCUGACACUGAGCCUUCAAAUGUAUGGUUGUCGAGUGAUCCAGAAGGCAAUAGAAGUUGUUGAUCUGGACCAGAAGAUCAGAAUGGUUGAAGAGCUUGAAGGUCAUGUCAUGCGCUGUGUACGUGAUCAGAAUGGGAACCACGUCAUCCAGAAAUGCAUAGAAUGUGUUCCCGAAGAUGCAAUUAACUUUAUUGUCUCAACAUUCUUUGAUCAAGUUGUCACCCUUUCCACCCAUCCAUAUGGUUGUCGGGUGAUACAGAGAGUACUAGAACACUGCAAAGAUCUAAAUACACAAAGUAAAGUUAUGGAUGAGAUUUUAGGAGCUGUUAGCAUGUUGGCACAAGAUCAGUAUGGCAAUUAUGUUGUUCAGCAUGUACUGGAGCAUGGAAAGCCUCAUGAGCGUUCUGCUAUAAUUAAAGAAUUAGCUGGAAAGAUAGUUCAAAUGAGUCAGCAGAAGUUCGCCUCUAAUGUUGUGGAGAAGUGUUUAACUUUUGGCGGUCCUAGCGAACGCCAGUUACUAGUGAAUGAGAUGCUUGGUUCUACUGAUGAAAAUGAACCACUUCAGGCAAUGAUGAAAGAUCAGUUUGCAAACUAUGUUGUACAAAAAGUGCUGGAGACUUGUGAUGACCAGCAGCGUGAGUUGAUACUUUCACGAAUAAAAGUUCACUUGAGUGCAUUGAAAAAAUACACUUAUGGAAAGCACAUUGUCGCGCGUGUAGAGAAACUUGUUGCUGCUGGGGAGAGGAGAAUUGCCGCUCAGUCUCCACACCCUGCUUAGGCAGCGUAGGGAAAAAGUUCUGUACAGCUAACUGAGGCUAGUGUGAGCUUCCUCUUUUCCUCUCUUUCAUCCCCUAUGUCUAGGCUUAUGACUCUACCUGUCUGUUGAAACAGGUACGAGCUGAUUGAAAAUAAAGUUGUUGCUUUGUGCUGGAAAACUGUACAUUGUGUAGUUUUUAAGGUUAUUAUUUAGAUAGAAUCGAGCAAGCCAAGAUUCGGGUGUGAAUGCACACCUGAUGCGCCUGCACAGGAGAUAAAAUGACUAUACAAGUUUUUUAAUGGUGUAAAAAUCAUGAAAUGUUGAGGUAGUUUUCAAGUUAACGCGACUGUACAAAUGUUGCCAUGUUAAGAGCUGUUUAUGGUUUUAGGUGAGGCCAGAGAUAUGUUCAAUGUAUGGUUAUUGACGUUUUUUGUUUCAUCAUAUUACAAUUUUCUUAUGCA